AGGGCUGAACUUGUGAUGCGUUGUGAGUUAGUGCAACUACAGGAAGCCCCUGUCACUUGUUAAGGGGGGGGGGGGGGAGAUGCACACUUUUGCGCGUCAGUGACUCAGUCGCAGAUUUGAGAGAGAGAGGGAAAGAGAAAAAGCCUGAAGAUUUGUCGAACGGUGGGAGCUUUGCCCUUCCCCAGCACAGUCCCGGACGGGAUCAUGUUCAUGUCCAAGGCUGUCAGCCGGCUCAGUCGCAAGCGGCCACCUUCAGAAAUACACGAUAAUGAUGUUCCUGCUGGUUGUAGCCAGCCGAAUACAUCAGGAUUCUCAAGAUGGGCUAUUUCUCUAGAGAAUCUCCUUGAAGAUCCAGAAGGAGUAAAGCUUUUUAGGGAUUUUCUAAGACGUGAAUUUAGUGAAGAAAAUGUUUUGUUCUGGUUAGCAUGUGAAGAAUUCAAGAAAAUUCAAGAUGAGAAGCUGCUUCAUGGCAAGGCACAGCAGAUCUAUAAAACGUUUCUGUGUAGUAAGGCAGCAACACAGGUAAAUGUGGAGGGACAAUCUCGUCUCACCGAGAGUAUGCUUGCACAUCCUCAUCCCUUCAUGUUUCAGAAACUACAAGAACAGAUAUUCACUCUCAUGAAGUAUGACAGUUACAAUCGUUUCCUAAAAUCUGACUUGUGUCAGCAAAUGAAGCAGCAAGAAGAAAGUCAAAUGAACUCUUCAGAGGCAGAUGAAUCAGUCCCGAAAAGAGCAUCCAGGAUUUACAAUCGAUAACAGAAAAUCUGGAAUAGCUCCAUGGCAACUGUGUGCUUUCUUUGCUUUAUCCGCUAAUGGACCGUGAUGACGCCCAUUUAGCUAAAAGUUGGCUGUGCUGAAGAAAGGGAUGCAUUUGCUCUGUUUCUGAUGGGGCCGAGUAUUCUCGGCUGGGAUGCAAGUCAACACAACUGCAGAACUAGAGCUGAUAACAAUGACAUUUACAUUACAGCUUUGGGAUGGGUGAGCGGACAUUUUCCCACAACCUCACUGAUGAGAAAAGCCGACUAUUGUGAUUUUAAUUUGCUGUAUAAUAGGCCAUGAUUUCCACCUGCCCUACACUGUUUUUCCUGUCUUUUGCUAUAAUCUAUUUAAGUUUGAGUAUUACAAAUGAAGACAACAGUUUUAAUUAUUAAUUUAGUCUGUUACACAUUUUUGAAUUGGGAACUACUUAAAACAAAAAGUCAUUCAGAAAAUCUGUACUGUUUGCAAUUUGUUUGUGUUCUUCAAUCAGCAGGCCCUGUAUUAAACUGGACAGCAAAGUAGGCUGUGAGCCAAACACAAAUAUUAAUUAUAAAUGCAUACACUACUGGCACCUUUUUGUCUAAUGACGUUUAGCACUUCCAUCGGAAAUGUGCCUUACCUUUAUUUCAGUGCUUGUUAUGACAAGGUGUAUGCUUUUGUCAGUUUCUAUAUAGAACGAACUUGCUGCCCAUUAUACCUUUGGCAUUUAGGGCAGCAAUGAAGGUCCUCCCUCUCUGGUGGUGUUCAGGGCUUCCUUCAUCGUUUCAGUAGCUUCCUCACGGUUUUUACUACUAUCGGUCAUGCAAAUCCCAGGUGGAGGCUCAGGAAUGACAUCAUAAUAAGAUGUAGAAGGAUUCUUCAUUGCCGUUUCCGUAACAAUUUUCUUUCACCAGUCAUGAUUGUUAGUCCUGAGCUGAAUCCCUGAACCUGGAGGACCAGUGGACCACUCUCGGUCUGGCUUGUUUAGCAUGGGUGACCUGACUCCAGCCAACAGAGCUCUCCGGGUCAUUGAGGCACACAAGCCUCCAAACCCAUCAACAAGUCUGUGGUUCUCUUGGAGUUUCUAUAAAGAAGCAUAGCACAAAAAGAAUAGGAUUUGAGGAGGUUUAUGAUUAAAAGAUACAAUUGAGACUUGAGUUUAUUAAUGAGGACAGGCUACAUUUUACAGUAAUCAUUGUGAAGAUUACAUUUAGUAUCCUUGCAUAUCCAACCAAGCCGGUAAUGCAGGGCAACAUCAAAGCACAACAUCUCCUUGGAAAUCUGUUAAAUCUUCAUUAAAUUUCUUGGUCUGUUAUCUUAAUGUGAACUCUGGGUGUUGAUAUUCGAGUAAUUAUCUUGCAAUUUUAUUUCUCUUUUUUUAUAUGCAUUCUAAUUACAGAGAGAAUAAUUUAUUUUAGUUGCCCGUAAGAAACUAAAUGGUCACCCGGUGUCGUCAAUGAACUCCCUGCCUUUGUUUCUAGCUCAUUCUUACUUUGACCUUGUUUAAUAACUGAUGGCCUUUGUAAGGUUAGUAACUGCAUCAGAGGCUGACAAAAAUAUAUGUAUUCAUAAAUUUGACUUCUGUGUGGUUGUGCCAUAACCCAUCCCCUGCAGCACUGUAUUUUAUGUUCUCCGAAGUAUUACAAAAAAUCAUGAAUGCAGGGGACCAGAUCUUCAGGUUGGCGGAAAUGAUGAAUUGACGUACAGUACUUUGCAAAAGUCUGAGGCAUAACUAGGGUGCCUAACCUUUUGCACAGUAAUGUAUUUCUCAACAUGGAGCAGACAGUGGGAUGUUGGGAACGGCGAGGGUGACGUGCCGCGGGAGGGGUGUGGGACAGGUGGCAGAGAAGGAGUGCUGGGCGUGGUUGCAGACACACCCAGCCCUGAGACACCAGGUAAGGUUAUUUGAUUCCAAACAAUUGGUUUAUUGAUCACUACAGAAAGCCUCUCUGCUGCUUCCCGCUCCCUCCCCUCUUCCUUCCCCUUCUCCCAACCGUGAUUCCCCUCUCCCUACUUCCUUCCCACUUCAGUCCACAAUAGAGAUCCGAUAUCAUCACUUGCAUAUGUUAUGAAACUUGUUUUUUUUUUUGUGUGGCAGCAAUACAUAAAAUUACUGCAGUACUGUCCACAAGUGUUAGGCACCCUAGUCGUAUAUAUAUGUGCCUAAAACUUAUGCACAGUACUGAAAACACUGCAACUUUGUGGCUUUGAAUUGAUAUAUAAAGUACUUUCUUAGAUGACAAAAUCAUGAGAGAUCUGUUUUCCAUUCACCAUUCUACGUCUACCUUUGAUAUUGGUGUUAGAAUGAAGCAUCCUUUGCUGAUGCAAGUGAAAUCACCAAAAGCACAAGUUUAUAGGACAAUGGCACUUGUCUCCACUAGGAGCUGAAAUGGAUUCAUGGUCCGAACGUCCUCCUUUCUGUGCAGUUUCCCAAACUAACUAAUUUCAAAAAUGAAAAGAAUGGAGCAAAACAUCUUUUUCCAAGAGUUAGAAUAUUUAAAAUAAAUUCUGGAUACCAGCACUAUCCACUGAAUCAACAGCUUUUUCACCAAUCUUAAUGGAAAAAUAAUAAAAUUCUCAGGUCACAUAUGGUAUAUGCUUGUGUUUUCCAGUGAUGUUUACAGCAAGGCUAAAAUAUGUAUUGAAAAUUCAUCUGUGUUCUUAUCAUAAAUAAUCAUCAGUGGUCAGGGCUUUCAAAGAAGCCUUCCUUUGCAUUCUGCUGCAUUUCCGCCAGGCUCUGCACUCAGAAAAUGUUAGUUACUUUGUGAAUAGUUGCCAGUGAUAAUGUUUGUUACUGCUGUGUAGCAGUUAUCAAAAUUUGGUUUAGCUUAUUUAUGAACUUUGAUGUCAUCUUAUUCCUUUCUGGUGAGUUCAAGGGGGUUGAAGUAUUUAUUUUGGGAAUAAUCCUCUGAUGUUUACGUGGUUGAUUCAGCAUUGCCUCAAUAUAAAUUAUGUUUGCCUCUGCUGUAAUCUUAGUGCUGAAUAUUCUGUUUCAGCAUUUAUUGUUAACAGGCUGUGGAGAAACAGCUGAUAUUACCUAUUCAAUACUUUGGAAUACUUUCAGUAACAAACCCCAAACUUCACUGACAUGAGACACUGAGAGCUACUUUGAGAGCUUUCAUAUAGACCCAUAAAACGAUGCAUAAAACAAUUCCAGAGGGCAAAUUCCUGGAAGGUAGCAGAUCCAUGAAACACAUUGCCCAAUAUAUAUUGGUGUGUGGUAGGAAUAGGAAAUGCUGCCAUUCUGAAGGAGCUGACAUAAUCAUCACGUUUGGCAUUCAUAAAGACUUAUGGCAAUAUGUAGCUAGCUUAUUUAUUCUGAGAAGAUCCAACAGUUGGUUUUAAAUGGAUGUGAAGAUGCUCAUAUUGCUAAUUUGUUGAUAUAGAUUUCAUUACUGUGAAGUUCCCUUUCACCGACCAGGACAAGAGGAAUUUAGGUUUAGUCAAAGAAUUCUUAAUAAAAAGCUGAGAAUUUGCUCUGUAAGCUGGUGCUCCAUGGUCAACUCCCCAUUGAGGGAAUAGGUAGUCAUUUUGUCAUUGGGCAUUUAUCAAUGUCACUUUCUACUGUACUGCCAGAUGAUGCACAGAGUGAUCAAUUCAUCCUUAGAUUUCCUUUUGUAUCCUCUCUUAAGAAGUGCCUAUUUUAGACUUGAUAGUCCUGCUAAGAUCAAGAACUCAGUCAGCAAGAACUGUAAGUAUAAACCUACACCAACCAUUAAAUGGCACACAAUUUGGUGAUAACUUUACCACUAGUCUUUACAGAGAAGUUUCUAAAUAUAUUUUUUAUUGGCUUACCGCAACUGCAGCUUCGGGAAUAGUUCAGCAAAUAAAGGUUGUCAACUCCUGCUUGUUGCUUGAUAUUAGCAUAAGAUUUUCAAAAACUGAAUUCAGGAGGUCUUUCAAAAAAUAUAUUGUGUUAAAUUGAACGUGUUUUGAUACUGUGUUUACAUUGAUAUUUGCCAGUUGUGUGACUAAUUUGUAUUUGUAUAUAAGUCUCGUUUUAUUUGGGUAUUCAAUUUUGCCUUGCUGAUGAAGAUGAUGUUUCUAUUUGGAUAAAUGUAAGUGCCUAAUUAUAUCCACAUAGAGUGAGUUUGGAAGUUUCUUUUUCCAACUUGAAGAUAAUGAUAGUCUGACAAUGGGUGUACACAGUAUAAUGUAUUUGGUUUAAAGGAAAUGCACUAGUCUGCUGUGUGGGUGCUUAGCUUUACAGACUGUUUUUUUGCUUUGCCAAUAAAACUAGACAAUGAAAUUA